GCCAAACUCAACGAACCAAAAUUUUCGUUCUCUCAAUCUUGGAGAGAAUCUUGAAUUUUCGCCGGAAACCAAUGGAAGAAAGUUUGGAAUACAUCGACAUCAAACUUUCUCCGGCGAAGCUUCCGCUCGAUCUUCCUCAAGAUCCGCCGAUGAAAUCUCACCGCCGUCUCCGGCGACGAGGCGACACCUGGGUAGUUUCUGUGUUGGUAAUAAUCCACAUAGGGUUUUUCAUUACGACGAUGCUUGUCAACGAUUGCUUCACCAAUUCUCACGGUGAUUGCACUUUUCCAUCUCUUGGAAGGUUAUCGUUUCAGCUUCUCUCUGAAAAUCCACUGUUAGGUCCUUCCAUGUCCAAGUUGGAUGAAAUGGGAGCUCUUCGAAAGAACUUUUUGACGGAACGUCAUCAAACUUGGCGUCUUUUCACGUUUCCAUUUUUGCAUGCUGGACUCUUUCAUCUGGUUAUCAAUCUCUGCAGUGUUAUCUAUGUUGGAAUUCGCCUCGAGCAGGAGUUUGGGCCACUAAGGGUUGGUAUAAUCUAUAUACUAUCUGCUUUUGUGGGUGCCUUAAUGGCUUCACUUUUUCUUCAAAGCAUCCCUUCUGUUGGUUCUUCUGGUGCUUUAUUUGGAUUACUAGGAACAUUGCUUUCAGAAUUUGUUUGGAACUGGAAAUUUCAUAUCAAUAAGAUUUCAAAAAUAGCAUCAUUAGUCUUUGUUUUUGUGUGCAACUUCUUCCUUGGUUUUCUGCCAUAUGUAGACAAUUUUUCAAGCAUUGGAGGUUUUAUAUCAGGAUUCCUUCUUGGAACUGUUCUUUUAUUCACCCCUCAGCCCCAGCAAAUAGCUCCAAAUAAAGGAGAUCGAAUUGAUUAUGGUUUUAAAAGUUACAUCAAGCUGAAGUUCAAGCAAAAGCUAGACAGACCAGUUACUAGAAUUGUUUCUCUUAUCCUCUUCACCCUGUUAUUGGCUGGUUGUCUUCUUGGAGUUCUUUAUGGAAUCAACAUCAACAGUUAUUGCACAUGGUGUCCAUAUGUUGACUGUAUCCCUUUCACAAGCUGGCACUGCAAAGACAAAGAAACCUUUUGUGAGACAAUGGUGAGUAAUGCUCACUUGACGAUGACAUGUUUGGGGAAUGGCAACUUUAAGGUCUAUCAUUACACCAACAUAUCUCGAGCAAGGAUUAAUGAUUUGUGCUAUAUGAUAUGUUGAUGAGACAGCUUGGUUGGAUAAUUCCUUUUGUCCAAAUUAUACAAGGUAAUACUGACUAGGUAAAGAUAGUUUCAUACCUUACCAAAUUGACAUAUUCUUUUUUUGAAUAUAAAGAAGUAGGAGCUUGAUUAGAAACGUAGGGGGAUGAUCAGAUACAAUAGAGUUUGUGGAAUUUUCCUUUUGAUGUAAAUACCACUAGGGUGUAACUUUUCAAGUUCUUGUGUAAUAAAUCCAUUUCACUUCAAAAACUUGG